AUGACUUCUUUGAAUUUACGUACUUCAGCGAAGUCAUCGAUUACGCGGAUUUUUAAUACGGUUCAUACAGAGGACUAUAGUCUAGAUCAGGUCGAAAUUGAGCACAUUCUUGGAAUGGUGCAGCAGUACUGGGAUCGGUUCGUUGAACAUCAUUUGGAUUUAGUCGCUGGGUCGUCAGAUAUUCCUACUCACGAUACGCUGUACGCUAGCACGGAAGAGCAAUUCAACAAAGUUUGCAUUAAAUUACGUCGCUUGCUAUUGAAAUGCACUCCUGUUGAGCAUGACUCCGUGCGGACCCAAGCAGUGGAUUUGCGGCUAGAUCCUGUUUCCAUACCACCCUUCGAUGGCCAGGUGGAGAACUGGCUUGUGUUUAAAGACAUGUUCGAGACAAUGGUCCACCAACGGACAGAUCUCGAGCCAACAUACAAGCUUAGUAAAUUGCGUCAGUAUGUCAAGCCUGAAAGUGUCCCAAUGGUCACUGGGUUUUAUACUGGAGGAUAUGAAGAGGUUUGGGCGGAACUGAAGCGUCGCUAUGACAACCCCUAUCUGCUGUCAGAAACCCAUGUGCAACGUAUACUAGCUUUGCCAACUGAUCCACGCGACACACAGAAGGUGCUCCGGGAUAUCAUCGACUGUGUACGUAACAGCUUUCGUGCAUUAUCUGUCAUGGGGUUGCCGGUAACACAAUGGGAUGCGCUUGCGAUUCCAAUAUUGUUGCCAAAGCUGCCGGUAGCAGCAAGAAAUGAUUGGGGCAUGAGCCUCAAAGACAACGAUAUUCCCAGAUUGGAAGAUUUAUUGAGUUUCAUCGAGCGUCGCGCGAUGAAUAUGCCGGCUGCAUCGUCUGUAUCGCAGGGUGUGAGAGCACACCUAGCGUCUGCACAAGCGAACGGUGCGAAUACUUCAAGUUGUCCACAUUGUUCGGAGAACCAUCGUCUUGCCAAAUGUCAUCGCUGGCGGAAUCUUGCAGUAACGUCUCGUUGGGAGACCGUUCGACGUUUGUGCCUUUGCUUCAACUGCCUGCGUGACGGCCAUGUCACGCGUGAUUGUUCAGCGGGAGUUUUUACGGUUUGCCGCCAAAAACAUCCUACACUUCUUUGUGGCAGUCCGACUGUUGGUGCGGGUACUAGCAUGGCCGCCACUUCCCACCAAAUGGAGUCAUCGAAUUUUAAGCCAGAACCUACAGUAUCGCAGCCUCAGGUCUUCCCACGCAGUGAACAACAGUCAAAUGUAGUUCAAUCCUUCUUGGUUCAUGGUGAUCACGUCGUGUUGUUAGCCACUGCGCAGGUUUUGCUCGUUGAUCAUCAGGGUAACCUACAUAAAUGCAGAGCUUUGUGUGAUAUGGGAUGUCAGGUGAGCUUUUUAUCAGAAUCUAUGUUUCAUCGUUUGAAUCUUCGUAGAAGAUGCUGUGUCAUGACUAUUGAAGGCGUCGGCCAAAACUCAGCGUACACUAAAGUCGUUACCACCCUUAACCUGCAUUCGAAGAUUGAUGAAGGGCUCGACAUUAGUUUCGACGCUUACAUUUUGAAUACGAUCACUUCAUCGACACCCGCGAUUCCUGUAAACACAGCCGCCUAUGAGUACUUAAGUGGUCUACAACUGGCUGACCCUACAUUUGGUUUACCGGGGUGCAUCGAUUUGCUUAUCGGUGCUGACAUUUGGAGCACCAUCCUCCAAGAUGGAGUGGUAUCAGAAGGCUGUGAUAAACCAUGUGCAUUGCGUACUCGACUCGGGUGGAUUGUGUUGGGCCCGACUAAUGCCAAAUCACACGAAUCCAAGCCUCAGUCCUUAAGUAGCAAACUGAAAGACCAUGAUCUUGAUGGGCUUCUUCGAAAAUUUUGGGAUGCGGAAGAACCACCUGAAGGCAGCUAUGUGGAGGACUGCGAGCAAAUAUUUCUGGACACGUUUUCGAGGAAUACCGAUGGUCGAUAUGUCGUACAAAUUUUAUUCCGAUUCAACGCUCCGGCACUUGCAAAUUCCCAUCGUGGUGCACUUCGUCAAUUCUUUAGUUUAGAGCGAAAACUGGAUGGAGAUGCGGAUCUUCGUAACAGGUAUAUCCAGUUUAUGCGGGAGUAUGAGCAGCUUGGUCAUAUGCAGCACAUCCCGGAGAGAGAAGUUAACUACGACCAAUGCUACUAUAUCCCACAUCAUGCUGUGACUGCGAAAUUCCGUGUGGUGUUUAAUGCUUCGGCUAAAUCGAGCAAUGGCAUAUCAUUGAGCGACACGCAACUUGUUGGUAACCAAUUGCAGGACAAUCUCGUCCACAUCCUUCACAGAUUUCGACGGUUUCAAGUUGCCAUUAAGGCGGACGUGGAGAAGAUGAUCCGUCAGGUUGAGGUGGAUAAAAGGCAUCGCAAAAGGCAGCCGAUUCUCUGGCGGGAGUCACCAAGCGAACAGAUCCGCACCUACCAAUUAAAUACGCUCUAUUUACUCGCCGGCGUCUUGAAAUUGUUAAGGCGCUCGCACGUAAAGAAAAUAAGUGAUAAAAAAACAACAGCGUAUUAG